AUGCGUCUCAUCUUGCCCUUAAGACAUUGUUUGUUCGUGGUGUUAAUUGCGCGCGACCUUGAGGUCCUCGCAGAACCUUUCAGCUUUCCCCUUCCAAACGGAUUCCCGUUCCCCAACGAGACCGCUCUGGAGGAGCUGUUUACACGGGCAGGGGGUAAUUUCACCAACGCACCGCUGGCACCCCGGUUCGACGACGACUCGUUGACGAGCUGGAAGCUACAGGCGUUCAAUGAGUUCAUGGAGGUGGCGUUCUUCACUCAACUCAUCGCCAACAUCAGCGACAGCGUAGCUGGCUACGAGCUUGAUCCUUCCGUGCGAGAAUAUGUCCUGACUUCACUAGAAGCCAUUCAGGCGCAAGAGGAGAUGCACGCGUACAAUGCCAACGACGCCGUCCGCUACUUUACAAAUGGCUCGCAUAUGUACCCCUACCCUGACCCGCACAUGUACAUCGGCCUCCUAGCCAACAUCCAGCAGCGGACGGCCAUGCACCUGGGAUCCGACGCCCACUCCAUUGUCUACGUGCUAGCUCAAGCGCUAGGCCAAGAGGGCCAGCAGUCAGGUUGGUUCCGCUCGUUGCGGGGGAUCCCGCCGAGCGCGGAACCGUUCUUGACCACGUCCACACGUGAGUUCGCCCUAGGAUGGAUGCAACAUUGGAUCGUGCCCGGGAGCUGCCCCAACAUGCACGAGAUUCCACUGGGCAUCCUACCGGCCCUGCAACUUACGGCCGUCUCGAUCGGGGACGCGUCCCACAGCGGAAACGUGACGUUGCUUGCCCCCGGAGCGGUGGACCCCGGCUCGCAGAGAGUAGCCUUUGUCAACGGCGCCUUGGUCCCCACCAUAGUUCCAUUUAAAAUCCGGCAGACGUCGCCCUGUGGCGGUGGUGAUCAAGAUGUUCGGGACCUCCGGGCCAUAAAGCGGAAUCGGGGAAAUCGGCGGAAUCAACAUCGCCAGAUCGUUUUGGUGUCUCAGGGAACGGCAGAUGCUGAACCGGAAGACGUAGGGGGCUGCAUCGCAUCGACCGAGAUUGUAGCCGAUAUGCCAUAUGCACGGAACGUCAUGCACGGGUUGAUUCUCAUGACCGUGGUGGAGAACAGCGCGGAUGGUGAGAACGAGACUGUGUUCAUUACGGCUCAAGAUGUCGCCGACGCGACUAUAUACGGCCCCGCGUUGCUCGAGUGGAGCUAG